AAUAACACAACAUUGAGAUUCUGUAGUAUUGAAAAACAUGAAUAUUUGAGCUCUUGAUUGAUUGAAAGUAGUUUCAGCUGCAAAUGCAAGAUAUAUUGAACAAAUACGAUUCUACUCAGACAAAUACGAUUCUAUUCAGAGUCAGAUAAAAGUUUUCUUAAAAAUCUAGCAAAUCUUUCGUUCUAAAAUGUCUCACGCUGUUGAAAUGUUAUCUCCCCCGAUUACAAUUUUGAGGAAGGAUCCUCUUCAAAUAGCAAUUGAGGAGAUCAGAGCUUCAAGACUGGAGGAAAAGGGAGGCAGAACGAGUGAGGAAAGAAUCCAAAGUAACGCUCGAAAUGGGGAAGAUGAGUUGAACUACUUAGCGGCCGUGUAUCAUUACGAGAGGGCGAUCAAUUUCAUCUCAAUGUCACUCCCCAAAAUCCAACUAGUUGACAACAGAAUUAAACUGGAUAAGAAACUGCGAGAAUUGAACAAGAAAAUAACAGUGCUGACAGCCCAACAUGAUGAGAGAGAAAGAAAAAGGUUUGAGGCACGAAUGAAGGAAGAAGCGAAGACAAAGUAUUCUGUAAUCGGACCGGUGGAUUCUCUGGACACGGAGACUCGUGCCUUCUUCAAAUCAACAAUCGAAGAAAAAACGUUUCCUUUCGACCCUGAGCUAGUUCAGCUAUUUCUGACUCCGUAUAUGGAAGAAUCUAAACGAGGGAUUUACGACGACGGAGAUGAAAGUGAAGACGAAACUGAUGACGCCACUGGAGAGAAGAUGAACAAAUCAGAGAGGAAACGUGAUAAGAUUUUCGAUCCGGUUCUCAUCUACGGACCAAAACAAGUAGGCAAGAGUCACUUGGUGAAGACAGUGUUGCCAUUUGAGCUGCCUGGAGUGACAUUUGUGAGCGUGUCUGCAGAGGAUCUUUCCAUAUAUGGCCCCAUUCUGUUCAAGUAUGCCUUCUCCUUCGCCAGACAACACAUGCCCGCAGCAGUCGUACUGGAAGACAUGCAUCAUCAGGUGUAUGAAGGCGACGACAACGCAAAUAACGAAAUCCACGAGACGAUGCGAGCUUUCAUUCUGAACAGCACAGAUAUCCAAAUCAUAGGAAUAUGCAGCAGUCCCUGGUCACUUGGAUCAGAACAGCUCCAAAUAUUCCCCCGGAAGAAAAUGCUGGAGUACCCUACUGUCGAGCAGACCAAAAUGUUUCUGGAAAAACGAUUCCAGAAAAUGUCGCACAGCCUUUCGUCGAACGCAUUUGACCUGCUGACUCAAGAAAUCGACAUGUUAGACUGGGGCGCAAAGGAGCACCUCCAGUUUAUUGACAGCUGCCACACAAAGUGUGAAGAGCUCGAGUUAGAGUGUGAACAGGUGAAACAAGAUCACGCCCAGGCGACUGAGGAGGAAAUAGAAAGUAUGCUCCGACCUCAUUUGUUCACACUCGGAAUUGCUAAGUCCAUCAUGAAAACUGUGCAAGAAAACAGGGGCGAAAUUGAAGAUAGAUUCAAAAUCCUCAAAAAGUUCAAUGAUUUCGCAAAACAAUACCCCGAUGAAGUUAUUUAGCGACACAAAUUCCGGAACUCGCGUAACUCUGAUUUUGAAACUGCCCAAAAUAUACAUUCAAAAAAAUUGUUAGCAUAUAGUUUUGAUUGAUCAAAAAUAAUAAUGUUAAAACUUAAUUCUACAGAUUCAAACAGUCA